GAAAAUUGGUUGAAAGCUGUGAAAGAGAUGAUUAGGGAAGCACAAGUUGUUGAAAACAAAGUCAGUAACGGGAGAUAUCUCUGUCGUGCUUGCAACGGGAAGCUGGUUGAUGAAAAGACUCGAGAAAUGAAGAAAUUUCUUGAUAACGCUCCUAAUGCCUCUGAAGGUCUUGCCAUGGAUGGUCCAAGUGCUGGGUUGCCACUGCCAACAUCAGAACUAGUUGGAGAAGAAGCUGUCAGAAAUGAGAUUUGGGCAUGUUUGAUGCUGGAGGAGGUGAGCAAGAUUGGGGUUUGGGGGAUGGGCGGUGUGGGUAAAACCACUAUCAUGAAGCACAUCCACAAUGAUCUUUUGAAAGAACAAAGAUUCGAAAGGGUAAUCUGGGUUACCAUAUCAAAGGAGUUCAAUGUAAUGAAGGUACAAGAUAACAUUGCAAGUGCGUUGGAGGCGAAGGAAUAUUUAGACAAAGAAGAGGACAAGCUCAGACGAGCAGCAAUCUUGUCAGAAAUGCUGAAGAACGCAGGAAAGAAUGUUCUAAUCCUAGAUGAUGUGUGGGAUAAAGUCUCCCUAGAGGAAGUUGGGAUCCCUGAGCCGAGUGGUGGCAAUGGCUGCAAGUUGGUAUUGACAACCCGUUCGGAGCAUGUCUGUAAGUAUAUGGGUUGUAAGGUGAUAAAAGUGAGGCCCCUUUCAGAAGAAGAGACAUUGAUACUAUUCUUGAAUAAAGUUGGACCUAACAUAGUUCAAAGUCCAACUAUAAUGCCAACUCUGAAGCUUGUUGUCAAGGAAUGUGCGGGUCUACCUCUUACAAUUAUCGUGGUAGCUGGUACCAUGAAAGGAGAAUAUAACCCUCGUAUUUGGAAAAAUGCACUCAAAGAUUUGAAAGAGAGAAUAGGGAAAGUGGAAGGAGUGGAAGCUGAGGUAAUCGAGCGCUUGAAAUUUAGUUUCGAUCACUUGAAAGAUGAGAAAGUAAAAGAUUGUUUCUUGUAUUGUGCACUAUAUCCUGAAGAUUAUGAAAUUCAUAAGGUUGAACUAAUCGAGUGUUGGAUUGUUGAGAUAUUCAUAGACGAGAUGGACACAAGACAAGAAAUGGAAGAUAAAGGCCUUACUAUUUUGAAAAGGUUGGAAGAUAACUGCUUGUUGGAAAAUAUUACCACUCAAUUUGGUUUACAUGGUAUAAAGAUGCAUGAUGCAGUGAGAGAUGGCAUUGUCGAUCACAAGAAUGAAUCCUCGAUAUAUGAUACAAGCAGGUUUGCAAUUAGAAGAGUUACCAGAAAAGGAGCAAUGGAGUCCGGAUAUUGAGAAAGUGUCACUUAUGUAUAACUCCAUAUCAGAAAUUUCCAUAGAUGUGCUACCCACAAAAUGCCAACUGCUCACAACCUUGUUAUUGCAGAACAACCCUAUAAAGAAGAUCCCAUAUUCUUUCUUCACAAACAUGCCUUGUCUUAGUGUUCUCAAUUUGUCCUUCACAAAGAUCGAGAGUUUACCAAAUUCCAUCUCUGAACUAAAGAACCUCACAACAUUGUUACUUCAUAGCUGUCGAGAAUUAAGAGAUCUGCCUUGUCUUUCGAGGCUUCAAGAAUUGAAGGAGUUGGAUCUUCGUUGGACUGAAAUUGAGGAAGUCCCUGAAGGCAUAGAUAUGCUGAUAAAGCUAAGAUAUCUUGAUCUUGAAGUGUUCACUCUGAAAGAGAUACCCGCUGGACUUUUACCAAAACUCGUUCACCUUCAGCACUUGAGUUUUGCUGGGAACAAUGAAAAAAUAAGUCUAAAAGCAGAGGAGUUGGAACCAUUGAAGAAGUUGGAGCUCUUUACUGGGUGUUUCGAAGACAUCAGUGAAUUUACUAAGUUCAUCUCCUCAAUGCAACAAAGUAAGAAAAGUCUCAUCAAGUACCAUUUACGGGUGGGCUCAUAUUUAAUUCCUGCGUGGAGGACUCCUGAAAUAGAUAAAAAAGUGGCAAUUGGAGGAAUCGACAAUUGGGAAGGUGAGUUAAUUAUGCACCCAAUUGAAAUUCAAGAGUUGCAUAUUACUGAGUGCGACUAUUUGAGAAGCUUAGUUGAUGACAAUUCUUCCUUCAAAAAUGCGAUUGACUUGAGGGUUUGUAGGAUUUGGGGGUGUACAGGGAUUGAGUGUGUUGUUUCCCUGUCCUCUUGUUCCUCUUCUUCCGCUCAUCCAUUUCAGAGCCUUGAGGUGUUGGAUCUUCAAUUUCUGCCAAUGUUGAGUGCCUUUAUUAUGAAAGAUGAAGGAAUUGGUUCAGCAACAACAUCAUUGGCUCCGUCUGCCACCUUUUCCCAUCUUAAGGAAAUUACGAUAUACAGCUGCUCAAGUAUGAAGACGUUGCUUCCACAUUGGUUGCUUGCAAACCUCCAAAACCUGGAAGAGAUACAUGUGGGUGCUUGUAGUCAGCUAGUAGAAAUAUUGGGAGCAGCAACAUCAGAAGUUGAAGAAAAGGGGUGAUACGUUAAUCAAAUUCCAUCUUCCCAAAUUGAGAGAAUUGAGACUAAGUAAGUUACCAAAUUUGAAGAGCAUUUGCAGCAAAAGUGGAGUGAUGGUUUGCGAUUCUCUCCAACUUAUCCAAGUUGUUGUUGAGUGUGAUAAACUGAAGAGAAUUCCUCCAUUUGUUCCCCUUGUUGGCACUGGGCAGCCAUUUGCAUAUGCUCCACCUUCUCUUACCAUCAGGUCAAGCACAGAAUGGUGGGAAUGGUUGGAGUGGGAUGACCAUCCAAACUUUAAAAAUGUUCUUCGCUUCAACCCCUUUGGAAACUUUUAAGGUAUCAACCAUUUAUAGUUUA